AUGUUCAGAUUCCGCGUUUACAGAAGGAAGACCUUGUUCCUAGGGAAGAGGUUCCUAAGGAACAGGUUCCAAGUUCAGAUUCCGGGUUUAGGGAGGAAGAAUUCGUUAUUAAGGAAGAUGUUCCUAAUGUUAGGGUUUAGGAAGGAAGACUUUGUUCCUAGUGUUGAUAUUCCUAAGGAACAGGUUCCAGGUUUAGGUUUGGCGUUUAGGGAAGAAAAUUUUGUUCCUAAGGAAGAUGUUCCUAAGGGAGAGGUUCCUAGGGUCGAUGUUUGUAAGGAACAGGUUUCUUGUUCAGAUUCGGGGUUUAGGGAGGAAGACAUUUUUUUUGAUGAAGAGUUUGAUCCUAAGGAACAGGUCCUUACGGAACAGAUUCCAUGUGCAGAUUCCGGGUUUAGGAUUGAUAAGAAGCAAUUUGUAGCGAAAUUGUGGAUGCUAAUCCUUGGAUUAGUAUUUGAGGAGUGUGAAAUGGAAGAAAAUGUUCAUGACAAAGAAUUGCAUUUAGAUCAUUUAUUACAAAAUACACUUUGA